AUGGCUACCAGUCACAUGAUUGCUUCCAUCCUGAAGAGGUCAUCAGCCAAGAUGGAGACUGAGUACUUGUCAGCUGAGCAGAUUAAGGAAUACAGCGGUGUCUUGGAGAUGUUUGAUGAGCAGGGCAAUGGAAAGGAGAAGCUUGGAGAGUGGGAGCAGCUCGAGAGCCUGCUGGGAAUCAACUUCACCAAGAGUAAGCUGGGCUGCUUGGGCAAGGACAUGGAUGGAGACAACAAAGGGUUCUUUAAUGGCGAUGGCUUCCUGGUGCUGAUGGGGAUCUACUAUGGGAAAUCCCACAAACAGAAGGGCGAGCUAACGGCAAGGAUUUCAUAG